CAAAGGGUUUGGCUUUGCGGGAUCCACGGAGACAUAAAUGGGUAGCUUUCACAAACCUUGUUGUAUUCUGAGUAAAAGUAAUAAUGCCGUCGUCCAUUUAGUAUUUGUUUUUCUCUCUAUCCAUGCCAGUGGUCAUGUUCUCAAUCUUCCUUUCCUCUCUGGCUAGCCCUUCAAUUUGAUCCGCUAAUUACGAUCCACAAAGAUGAUGCAGUUGAAACAUCGCGGCGUUCCCCAUCUUCUCCUGUUUCUCGUGGCGUUGGCAAUCUUUCUCGGCGUCUUCAGACCUGCACGCCUGAAGCGGCUGGAUGUGCCGGAGUUGACCCACAAGAAGCCUGACAGCACAAUGCACGACCAACUGUUGGAAAGAAUGCGCAAAGAACCAGAGAGCGACUUUGGUUCUGUUGCAAAAUCCAACGCCGCCAACUGGGAAAAAUUUAGAGCCUCCAUUGAGGCUGGAAAAGUCCCGAAAACGAUGAAACACAAUCUAUCCUCGAAGAGAAAGAUUGAACGUCUCAUAGAAACCAGCACCAGCAAACAUUGUUUGACAACUGCCUGUAUCGAUAAAGUCGCCACGCCCCUGGCUCGAAGUUUUCCCAAUCGCACAAAUAUUGAUGAAUGGUGCUUUGCCAGGCAAGAAGGUGACGGCCACCCAAUGCCCAAUCUGGGAGACAACAAAGGGCACCAAGGGUUGAUAUUGGUCAAAGUACCCAAGGCGGCUUCGUCCACGACAGCUGCUGUCGUGUUGCGGCUGGGACAUCGACUUGGCUGCAACAUGAAUUACAUCCACUGGGACCACAAACCCGCACACAAAGGAUACAACAGACGCGACAAAAAGAAAUCCAUCAUGAUACUGUCAGUGAGAGAUCCUGGAGAUCUUCUGACAAGCCAUGUAUACUGGAGCUUUGUGAGCUUGCGCGAUGUUCCAGAAGAGGAUGUGAGUCCGGAAUUUCUGGUUGAAAAGGUUAAGGACUUUGGAAUAGACUACGGAAGUAUGAGAGAUCGCCAGGGUGGAUUCACACUGCAGUUCUCUUCGUUAGAACGUAUACCCGUCGGAGCUGGAUGGGACAAGGAGGAACAAGAUUUGGUACACCCACAGGACGCUGUCAAAAGAGUCAAGGGAAUAUUGAAUGCGUACGAUUUCGCCCUAGUAGUCGAACGAAUGGAUGAAUCCUUGGUAGCCCUUGCCCUCUUGCUCGGUGUUCCCGUUGGCGAUGUCUUGGUAUCUUCAUCCAAAGUCUCUGCUCCAACUGGAGCUAAUGGAUCGGAAGCCGGAAAGACAUAUGUCUACAGCAAGAGGCUGAAAAGAUGCCUGCCAUUGGUGAAAUCCCACCACCCUCCUUUGCUCCAGCGGUAUCUGGAUUCUGAUCACUUUCGCUCUCAGAGUUAUGGCGAUUUAAUUUUGCAUGCAGCUGCAAACAGGAGUUUGGACUUGACCAUUGAAAGAUUGGGGAAAGAACAGUUUGAGAAGGCAAUGAAGGAAUACCUCUACUGGAAAAAGAGAAUGGAACAAGAGUGCUCUUCUAUGAUUCACUCUCCAUGCUCCAGUGACGGGAAAUUGCAGCUUUCGAAAUCCAAGUCCUACUGUUACGGUCAUGACAUGGGUUGUGGGCACAAGUGCAUUGACAGAAUGCUGGCUAAUGGCAGAGACCAAACAUAGUGAUAGCACACAACAAUACACCUGUUCGAAAGGACGAUUGAGGAGCAAGUUGACGAGUAAAAACUGUUCUGUGGGGUUGUUAGGUUAUGAGAUGAGCGAUCUCUUUUGAUACAGUAUGAUAUGAUACUGCGCUGCAAGCAUACAAAUCAACCGCAGAUAUGCACCGUGGAGUAUCCUUGAAUACAACCGUACCAAGCCAUUUCGGCUGCCCUGAAUGUGAGACCCGAGUUAUUUCAUCUGAAUUAUACAGACAUGAUUCCCGCUCUUGCUUCCGAAAGAGUCGACGUUUUAAUUUGGGGAUUUGUACACAAUAUGGGGGAUGAAGUUUUCCAGCAAGGAACCAGGACGCCGUUU